CAGGGCGCGCAGCGAGCGGCGGAGUCGAGGCGGAGGAGGAAGAACAUGGCGGGUGCGGCGGGGUCUGCCACCGGCUCGGGGGCCGCCGGCGGAGAUGGAGACGAUUCGCUCUACCCCAUCGCGGUGUUAAUUGACGAGCUCCGCAAUGAGGACGUGCAGCUCCGUCUCAAUAGUAUUAAGAAAUUAUCAACAAUUGCUCUAGCACUCGGAGUAGAAAGGACACGAACUGAACUGCUGCCAUUCCUUACAGAUACAAUUUAUGAUGAAGAUGAGGUACUGUUAGCUCUUGCUGAGCAGCUGGGAAAUUUCACUGGCCUGGUGGGAGGUCCUGACUUUGCCCACUGUUUGCUGCCUCCUCUGGAAAGCCUGGCAACUGUGGAAGAGACUGUGGUUCGAGACAAGGCUGUGGAGUCCCUGAGGCAGAUCUCGCAGGAGCACACGCCAGUGGCCCUGGAGGCUCACUUCGUACCUCUGGUGAAGCGCUUAGCGAGUGGGGAUUGGUUCACCUCUCGCACAUCCGCAUGUGGUUUGUUCAGCGUUUGCUAUCCCAGGGCUUCCGUUGCUGUCAAAGGAGAAAUUAGACAGUACUUCCGAUCCUUGUGCUCAGAUGACACACCAAUGGUACGCCGUGCUGCUGCUUCCAAAUUGGGUGAAUUUGCAAAAGUUUUGGAAUUAGACAGUGUGAAAAGUGAAAUUGUUCCUUUAUUCACUAAUCUAGCUUCAGAUGAACAGGAUUCAGUGCGCCUGCUAGCUGUGGAAGCCUGCGUCAGUAUCGCCCAGUUACUGUCUCAGGAGGACAUUGAGGCUUUGGUGAUGCCUACACUUCGACAAGCAGCAGAAGAUAAAUCUUGGCGAGUUCGCUAUAUGGUAGCUGACAAAUUUUCAGAGCUCCAGAAAGCUGUGGGUCCCAAAAUCGCCCUAAAUGACCUCAUCCCCGCUUUUCAGAACCUACUCAAAGACUGUGAAGCUGAAGUCCGAGCAGCUGCUGCCCAUAAAGUAAAAGAACUUUGUGAGAACUUGCCUGUGGAAGGUAGAGAGACCAUAAUUAUGAAUCAGAUUCUGCCCUAUAUAAAGGAAUUAGUAUCUGAUACAAAUCAACAUGUCAAGUCGGCUCUAGCGUCUGUAAUUAUGGGAUUGUCUACCAUUUUGGGCAAAGAGAAUACCAUUGAACAUCUUCUACCUCUCUUUUUAGCUCAGUUAAAGGAUGAGUGUCCUGAAGUUCGUUUGAAUAUCAUCUCCAAUUUGGAUUGUGUAAAUGAAGUGAUUGGAAUCCGGCAGCUCUCUCAGUCACUCCUUCCUGCCAUAGUGGAGCUGGCUGAAGAUGCUAAGUGGAGGGUCCGGCUGGCCAUCAUCGAGUAUAUGCCACUGCUGGCAGGCCAGCUGGGUGUGGAUUUCUUUGAUGAAAAGCUGAAUUCUUUAUGUAUGGCCUGGCUUGUGGACCAUGUGUAUGCCAUCCGGGAAGCUGCCACCAGUAACCUCAUGAAACUAGUUCAGAAGUUUGGUACAGAGUGGGCACAAAAUACCAUCGUUCCCAAAGUGUUAGUAAUGGCGAAUGAUCCCAAUUACUUGCAUAGAAUGACCACUUUAUUCUGCAUUAAUGCACUGUCUGAAGCCUGUGGUCAGGAAAUAACCACUAAGCAAAUGCUGCCGAUUGUAUUGAGAAUGGCAGGAGACCAAGUAGCAAAUGUCCGUUUCAAUGUGGCCAAAUCUCUACAGAAAAUUGGACCAAUUCUAGAUACCGAUGCUUUGCAGGAGGAGGUUAAGCCGGUACUACAGAAGCUAGGCCAAGAUGAAGACAUGGAUGUCAAGUAUUUUGCACAGGAAGCCAUAAGUGUGCUUGCACUGGCAUAACGAGGAACGAGGGGGAAGACUUUACUAAAUUCUUAUCACAGACUUCUAGUCAAUGUGUUCUUGAAAUGGGUGGAGAGAAAAAAAAUGGAAAACCUUCAAGACCUCAUCCGAGCAAGUGGCAGCAACUUACAAGAAAUCAAAUUUCAGUGACUUGAUUCUUUCUAAAGAUGAAAUGGCAUUGUUUUUCACUUGUCUUCCUUGUUGGGAUAAUUUAAACUGUUCUUAUUGUUUGUGACCAAUUUCUGAUACUUGGCACAGUCAUUUCUUGACUGUUUCCUAAUGAUUUAUUUAGCACUGUCUGGGCUCCUGCAUCGUCAUUGUUUAAUCAGGUCCCAGCCUGUUUAAUAUUCCACCAAGCCUGGACGGGUUUUGGACCCAGACAUGGAACAGAGUGAUUCUUUGGAUGUUUACAUGUAUCUGUGUGUCUCCAUUCCAAAGUUAAAUGUACAUGGUUUAGAAUAACUUAUUUUAUAAGCACUCCACUUGGGAGACACACUGAGAUUUAACUGUAGUGAAAGCCAUAUUCUCUUGGAUAAUGAUGGUCCAUGUCAGUGCCUCACGCGAAAGAGGAAUGUGGAUGCUCAGGGUUCAUGUGUUUGUUGUUGUGGUUUUUAUUUGCUCGAUUGUGGCUGUAAUCAUGUCAUUCAGAAACCUGAAAUGCAGAUACAUCUUGCUCCUAAUGUGUCGUGUUGAAACCUAACUCCAUUUCCGCAGCUCCCCACUGUGACUGCGUUCAAAAAUACUCCUCUUUCUCCCUGCCGAGAUGCUUAAAAUUUAGUGCCCCUGAGUAAGCAGUGGUUCCAUUGUAUGAUUGUAGACUGCAGUUGCAUCUCUAAUGAGUAAAGGAACCAGUGGGACAGCACGGAGGAUUUCCUGCUCCUUACCUGGUUCUGCUUCCAGCUGUGUGGAUGUUUGGUUCUUGCUGUAUUGAAUAGCUUUCCAAAUGGAAGGUUCAGUAUUUGUUUGGUAUGGGUGAUGCUGGAAUCUUAUCAUUUGAAAUGUUAUUCUACUUUUAUAGUAAAACCUCAUUAAUUCCUCAUGGAAUUGAUAAUGACUUAAAGCUGAAGGGUUUGCUGAAGCAAAUUAAUUGUAUGUAAGGAAGCCUGAUGUUUCUGAACUACUUAAACGCUCUUUAAAAAGCACCCUUUUCCCACUUGAUAUGCCUAGUUUCUAAUCACUCUCAUCAAUUAUAUUAAAAUACCAGCCACACCUUUAUUUAGAUACAUUGAAUUUGCUCUUUAUACCUGAUAGAUAUACACACAUAUUUAAUGGAGGAUUUAAGUAUUUUUUCUUUUAAAUUUAUGAACAAUUUUCACCUAAUCAAACUUGCCUUGCCCUAAUGACUUUUUAAUUAAUGAGGUUUUAUUGUAGCUUAUUUUUCUCUCAGUGCAUCUUGCUCAGUCUGAGUCUUGCUGUAGUCAGCUUGUUUCCAUUUUGGUUUUCAGGUAGUUUCUUUCAUUUAUAGUCUCUUAAAGCCAGUGAGCCCUGUUGUGUUUUGUGAAGACACAGAGACUUCUAGGAAGCUUUGUACAUUAAACCAUUUCAGAAAACCAAGUUUGACCAAAUACUUUAAAGUUUGUCUUACCUUAGAAAAGCAGAACAUUUAAAAUCAAAAUUAUCUGAGUGCAUUUCAAACUGCCAAACUAGUUUAUAGUAAUUUUCUAUUUUAUUACUUCUGGGCUAUGGAUUAAAUAUUUUCUUAGGCAAAAAAAUCUUUUCUUUCCCUGAAGAAAUGAUUAAUUAUUAUGCUGUAAACAAUGUUUGUUUCAUGGUUCUUUUUGUUUUUUUUUAUUACCUGCAGUUAAUGCUCAUCUUCAUUGAAUUUCAUAUUUGAGAGACUGUUGUCUUGAUUGAAACGAAUUUACACAACUGUUGCUUUCCUCUGGUUUGUGGACAGACUGUUUACUGGCCUUGUGGCCCAGCUGGGGAGCACUGUGCAUUGACCUCCACCCUUAGAUGUGGCAGAGGGGAGACUGUGACCCUUUCUUUCUCAGGCUUGGGGCAGGGAGCUCAGCAGGGCCCUGUGUUUUUGGGUCACCCUGUAGGGACUUUAUUGUUUCUUCUGACUUCAACAAUAGGGAUCCAUUUUGUUACUCUUCAGAGGAACUGUUCUUUGGCCCGUAACUUGUCCUUUUCUCCAUGUAUUAGUUCUCUUGCCUUAGUUUCACAGGAAUGUAAGCUCCAGGAGCUCUGUAAGGGCUGGGGUUUUUGUUUUGUCUUCUGCUGUAUCUGUACCACCAGCAUCUGGGUCAGUGUCUGGUGUACAUAGUAGGUGCUCAAUAAAAAUGUGUUCAGUGAAUUUCUAAAA